CAACAACAACAAUGAGCAGCGCUUUCAUGAACGAUACAUCCUCAAACUCGGUGCGGAAGGAACCCAGAUCCGUGUAAACGGACCAGGAAACAGGUCGAAACAGGAAUAAUCUCAUCAGCUGAAUGUAUUGGAAUUUUGUACACAGCACCGUGUGUUCUCUGCAGCCACCGCCCGGGAACUCUGCUGGUUUGUGACCAAGAUGUUACAGACGUGAGGUAUUAUCUGCUUGCAGCCUCCAGGACGUAGACGGUGGAAAGGGCUGUGUGUAUCACCCGGUAUCAGACGCUGUUCUGAAGACACCCACGCACGUCUCGUCUCACCAGUGAGCUGCUCUGUGUUGUGACGCAGCGCGGAUGAUGUCGCGGGUGCGAACAAGAUGGAGGGUGAUAAAGCGUCCUGUGCGUGUAGACCUCUGCUCCGUGUGAACCUCACUCUGGAAUAACAUCAUCUGACUCCGCUUAGACUAACUGGAUCCUUAACAACACUGCUUUCAAAAUAAGAGUGUUUCCCGGACUCUAUCGUCACUGGUUUGCCUCUGUGUGUUUUUGUCGUGGCGCCAAACCAUCAGGCGUGAACAAAGUAAAACAUCAAUAUAAAACCACGACGUGAUACGACAACAUGUCUGACUCAAGGGAGGCAACAAGUUCUCCUGGCUCCUCCGGCCUCAGCAGCAGGGGCGGCCUGAGUCUCCCCGCGGGCAGAGGACUUUCAGUCACAGCCAUGAAUCCACCUGGAAGACUGACGUCCCUCAGAACCAGGGACUUGACACUGGGAGGAGCCUUCAAAAAACCCAAGAAGACCUUUGAGCCAAAUGUCCAUGCUGUCCGGAAAAGCAAAGAUGAGUUAAAGGAGAAGAUAAAUGUGGUUCCAAAAAAGGAGAGAAAAGAGCGGAAUGAGAGGAAAGGAGUGAGGGAAAACAGAGGGAAGAGGAGAGAGAGGCCUCAGACCAUCCAGUCUCACUCCAUCUUCGAUCAGGGUUUUGCUGACACUGUAUGCAAAACAGGCUGGCGUGGUGCUACAGCUCUGCUUGACUCCACCACUUCUCCUGUGUGUAAGCUGGUGAAGAAAGAGAAAAAACCUUCCGAGGAAGAAGAAGAUGAGAUACUCAGCAAACUGCAGAGAGAUGAUUUUAUAGAUGAUCCGGAUCUGAGGAACGAUGCCAAUCUGAAACCCAUCCAGCUGCCUCUGUAUGAGUCCAGCAGCUUCAACACAACAUGUCCAGAGAACCCUCCUUUGUACAAACAUCCGGUCUGUGGAACUGAGGGUAGAGUCAGCCACAGCAGGACAGAGAUGCCAAAACAAGAGCAGCCUUCUCUGGUUGAGCUGCUGCAGGAUCUCAGGCUGUCUGGCAAAGAGGAGUUCUUCUUCAUGCAGUUACCUGACUGUAUGCCGGGCCAUGCAUCUGAACAGAAGGCAGCCCCCCCUGUGAGACCUACAGCAGAGAAAGGAGCCAGGAAGGAAGGCAGACCUGUAGUAUACGAGAGGCCCACACAUCCACAAGCGCAACAGGCUCUGAGGAAGGACGGCUGUCCUGUGCUGUCACAACUGCCAGAGGGAUUUCUGGGUAAACUGCAGAUCAGGAAGUCAGGAAAGGUGGAGCUGAAGAUGGGUGACAUUGUCAUGGAUGUCUCUGAAGGAGCUGCGUUCUCCUUCCUGCAGCAGCUGGUAUCUGUACAUCUGUCAGAUGGAAAGACCGGAGACAUGAUGGUGUUGGGAAAUGUUCACCAAAAACUGGUCCUAUCUCCUGACUUUCACAAUUUACUGAGCCAAGCUUUAACGCAGCAGCAGAAAGAACCCAGAUAAUGUUCGGCACAGACUUAACAGAUCUGAAAGUCUUUACUUCAGUAAAAUAUUCAUUCCUUGUGGGAUUCCUGAUCCACUGGUAAGGACAAUUGACAUUAGACAAGUCAUUGAACUCUCCAUACCUCUGCUUUGAGGAUUUAAAGGCAGCUACUUAAUUAGCCAGUUUAUUGUUAUCAUGUAAUUAUCUUGAGUCACUCUUUUGACACUGUUGGAUGUUUUGAUAAAAAUUAUGACAUGGUCAUAAAUACAUGGUGUCAAACCCAAGCCACUGAUCCACAGUGAUUCAGUCAUGUACUGUUACCUAAGCACUGAUUCUAGAUGGGCAACUUGUCACUGAGGGGAAGGCACUCCGUCUCCUCUACACACCAGCACAGAGCUUCAGACUGCCUGAACACCAGUCACCAGCAAAAGGCAACAUCAACUCAAUGUAGCAGAUUUUUGGAUCAGAAGAAGUCAAAGGUCAUUCACCAGGGCUUUGUGGAAACCCGAGAAAAUGCCAGUGGAAGUGGUUAUCAUUUUCCCUUGGACACAAAGACCUGUUACCAUGUGACUCAAGUGGUUUUAAUUAAUGAAACCACAGAGUGACUGUAUUUACUGUGGCUCUAGUUUCAUUUUGAUCGACAAGUUCAGCUUUUCUUACUGUGGAUCAUUCUAAUAAAUAGCCCUAAGCAGUAAGUUUGUACAGUA